AUGGAUAAAUUGUAUAGUUUUAAAGCUAAGUCGUAAGUUGGUCACAUUAAAUAAGUCAUUAAUUAAGAAUAGAAACUACAAUUUUACAGUGAAGAAGAAGGUGAGACGACUAACUCUCAGGAUAAUACACCUAAAACAAAUGUAAAAACAAAAGUGAAAUCGCCAACUUAAUAAAAUGGGUAUUAGACAGAUGAUUCUGAUUCUGGAACCCCUAAAAACCAAAAGCCAAGAACCAAGUAACCUUAAGCUGCUAAAAUGUCAAGAUUCAGCAAUUUAGUAAAUACUAAGAAAAUUGAUGGAGAUGUUGAGAUCGAACCAGAGUUUAGUGAUAAUGACAAAAAGUAAUAACCUGCUCAAAUUCAAUAAUAAGAGGGGAAUUAUAACAUUGAAGAGCAAGCCCAAAGAAUUCAAUAAAAACUAACUCAACAACCAUAGAACCCAAAGCUUAACAAAACUAAAUAAGCAGUCUCGAUGCAAAAUUUAAAUGCGAAUUCUGAUAAUGAGUAAAGUAAGAAGAAUUCACAAAAUAGUGGAAAAGAUAAAUUAAGCAAUCAUCCUUUCAGACAUUUGAUUUUCGGUCCAAAUGUAACUGAACAAACAUUCAAGAAACAUCUUAUUCUAACUCAGAGAGGUUUAAUUUAUGCUAGAAAAUGCUUGAAAGGUCCUUCUGACAAAUUUAUACAAUCAAAGAAGGUGCAACUUUCCGAAGCUUACCCUAAGAAAGAACGAGCUCUUAUCUUAGAUUUAGAUGAAACUUUAAUUCAUUCGUGCACUCAAAGGGAAAAUCCUUAAGUUUAUGUUACUGCUGUUGGAGAUUUUGGAGAAGAAGCCAAAAUUGGGAUUAAUAUUCGACCCUAUACUUCGCUGUUUCUAUAAUAACUGUCUCAAUAUUAUACAAUAUAUAUUUACACUGCUUCAUCCUCAGCAUAUGCUCAAGCAAUAAUUUAAUAUUUGGAUCCAACUAAAUAGUACAUAUCGGGAAUUAUGACAAGAAAUAAUUGUAUGGAAACCAAAAAUGGUUUCUUUAUUAAGGAUCUUAGAUUAAUAAGCAACAAGGAACUAAAAGACAUGCUCAUAGUGGACAAUUUAGCUCACUCUUUUGGUUUUUAAAUUGAAAAUGGAAUUCCGAUUCUAGAAUGGCAUAAUGAUCAAAAUGAUCAAGAAUUAAAAUAUUUAAUUGAUUAUUUGAUAGAAGCAACUCAUUAUCAAGACCUUCGAGAAUAUAACACGAAAAAGCUAAGACUAGAUGAUUUAUUAGAAUUUCAUAUUGAAGAAUGA